CCAUUCAGAAAUCAGACGGAGCACGGACUAAACAAUUCGGACGGGUUAAUUCUGUUGACACUCGCCUCUUUCACACUCUUUCACUUCAAUUUCACUCGGAAUAACAUACCCUCGUAAAUAUUUAUAUUGUUGUCUGAGGAUACGUGAAUAUGAGGAUAAGUGGAAGGACAUGUAAACAAAAUAAAUCUGGAAUAAAAUAUUUGGAAAACAGGGAAUCGUUUUUCCACUGACAAUGCCCUGUUGCUGCGUCACAGGGUGCCACAACAGAGCGGAAAAGGGGCACAAACUCUAUAAGCUGCCUCAAGGACAUAGGAAUGAAACGAGACGAAAAUUGUGGAUACAAAAUAUAGGCAGAAAGGGCAAACUGCCAUUAAAUGCAUAUGUUUGUCGAGCUCACUUUACGGAUGAUCAGUUUGAGCUGAAAAGGGCAGACCAUAAGAAGCUAUUGAAGUGGAAUGCUGUUCCUACAAUAUUCUCUCAUUCCAGAACGAUUAAACGCGAAAGUCCGUCAGAACAGAAAGCAGCUGUACUUACGAGGCAUGAAACUAGCGAUUCGCCGAAAAAAGCUACCGCGGAAGAGAGCUUGAAGACAGAAUUCAUAAUAAAAACAGAAGUAGAAGAAAGCUGUAAAGAUAAUUCGGAUGAAGUGUUGGCUUUAAAGUGCAAGUUAAAUGCUUCCCUAAAAGAAAUCCACACUUUGAGGACUACUAUAUUCCAGCUACAGGCAAUAAUAGAGAAAUUAGUAGAGAAAAAUUGUAUGGACAAAACGUAACUGUGUCUUUCUAAUAAGUGUAAGUUUAGCAUCUUCGAGAUGAUGUACAGAAAUCUGAGAUUAUACAUCAAUGACGGGUUGAAGAGUUAUUUAGAAGAUGGCUCAAAUACUUUACAUGACAAUGUCGAACGACUAUUUAUUUAACUGAUUCACUAAUAUGCUAUUAAUGAAUCUGCAAUCUAACAAAUAAAUUUUUACUUUUCACAGAUUUCAUAAUUAUUGAAAAAGAACAAUCAUAAUAAAACGGCUAUAAUACAGUAGCAGCAAGCAGUUUAACCAUGUAAAGUUUUAUUGAAAUAUAUAAAUUAUCUUCAAUCAUAAAACAUUGACUAAUAACUCUUCAACAAAUGUGAUAUGUGACGAUUCUUAUUGCGUACUAAAAACAAUAUUUGCUUAACGAGUGUACAAUAGUGUUAAUUAAAUAUAGAAAUAAAACCAAUUUUUUAUCAAAAAAUCAAGAAUGAAAUAUGAUUAUCCUAAAACAGAUUAUCAUUCACUUCGUAAUCCCGUCACUCAUAUGACUUUCAAGUCUUUCAACUCUCUAAAUUAAUCUAUGAAACCAAGGUAGGAGUGAUCAAAUGCAAAACCUGUCAGUUGAUCGUUCUUAUACAGAACGUGUUACCCCAAGUUUAAGAGUGACAUUACCAAUGAAUGUAAUAGUU